AUGGAAUCCAUUCUAGAAGUCGCUAAUUUGGUUAUCUACCAGCACUACAAAGCUGUCAUCGAGAAGGCCACAGCUAUGCUGGCAGACGCCUCCACUGCAAAGGACAGCAAGGACAAUCUGUAUUUUUACAGAGCGGUUGCUCACUCUGAGCUUGGAGAUUUUGAAUCUGCUUUGAAAGAUUUGGAAGCUAUUGAAGAUAGCCAAGGAAACAACCCUGACUGGCUUUUUAGAUAUGGGCAGGCUCAAUUCUACACCAAUGAUUUCUCAAAUUCAAUGAUCAGUUUUAAAAAGGCUGAAGAAUCUACAGAAGAUGCUGAUUUAAAGGGAAAUAUCCAACAGUGGAUCAGCAAAGCAGAACUUGAAUUAGGAAAUCCCCAUGUUGGAAAUAUUAAUGAUGCUAUUUUUAUUAAGAAAGCAGAGCCUUCAGCUACACCAGUUCCAUCGCCUGACUGUUCAGGACCUGUGAUUGAGGGUGCAAAGGACAUCAAGGACUCUCCCCAUGACUGGUACCAGAACACUGAGUUCAUAUUCCUGAGUAUUUUAAAAAAGAAAAACACUGGGGAUUGGAAAGCUGAUCUUUAUAGUGGAAGUAUCAACAUCACUCAGCCAAAUGGGGAUGUAAUCUCAGUUCACCUUGCCAAUGUCAUUAAUGAAGGUGAGAGCACCUUCACUCAGACUGAGAAGAAGGUUGAAUUGAAGUUGAAAAAGAAGGAUUCUGGAAUCACUUGGACUGCUUUAAGCAAAGAGGCUCUCUCCGCCAAGCCUAAGGAAGUCUUGCCUAGUUACCCUUCUUCCAGCAAGAAGAGCACUAAUUGGGGAGAAGUCGAUAAGACCAUCACUAGAGAGCUCCACUUGGAAGAAAGAGAUAAUGACGGAGAUGGCAUGAACGACCUAUUCCAGCAGAUAUACGCCGGAGCUGAUGAAGAGACCAAGAAGGCAAUGAUUAAGAGCUACCAGACAUCCAACGGAACUGUUCUAUCGACCAACUGGGAUGAAGUGAAGGAAAAAGAUUAUGAAGGAAAAGACUAUGUGUCUCCUCCAGAUGAUUUUGUUGCUCAGAAGCCAGAGAUCUAAGUUAUUGGUAAUUCGCCGGGAAUAUAUUCAACUAAAUAUCUCCCUUGU